CAAAAAGUAAUGUCAAAAGGCAUAAUGCACGUGUAUUUCAACAAUCAUAAAUACUCUGAAUGGUGUAUAACCGGAUUUUUAAAUGAAUGUGAAGAAGAACCGUUUGAAAUAAAGAUUGAUCUUUACAUAAAGAGCCUCAAAGAUAUUGUUAAACAUGAAAAAGAUAAUAGAGCUGAAAAAGCUCAAACCCUUAUUGACAGAUAUAAAAAGGAAAGGGAUGCUAUGAUGAAUAAUUCUGGUGUGCCGGAGAAAAGAAAUCAGGAAGUG